AUGGCGCCAUCAGUAUUGCAAAGGAGACCAUCGCUACUUCACGAUGACUACGAACAUGCUGUGACAGCUGACAGCACAGCAAAGAUUGCUGACUCCCUUAAAGGGAAAGGUAUUGUUCCAUCAGCGAACUUGAACAAAUUAGUGCAGACUAAUAAGAUUUCAAUUGAUGAUCUGGAUAUGAUUUCCUUGGGCACUGCUUUUGAUCAGCAGAUGGAAGCUGGUUCGCCAAUGUAUUGGGAUCCUCAAGGAGAAGAAGAGAUCAGGACCAAGUGCUCUACUAUAUCAGAUAAUCCCAUGCUGAAUAUUUUGAAAGGAAUAGAACAUGUCUCAUACAAUGCAAGACCUGUGCGAGCCAGGGAGAUAGAUAGCGCUGAUGUCGAUGCCGAGAAUAAUCCCUUCAACAAGAUAGUGAUGUCAAGAACGAAGUAUGUGGUGAACUCGUAUCAGAAUAGUGCUUCAAAUGUUAAAUUUGAUGAUAAAAGAGCAUUUGUUUAUCCUAAACCGCUACCAAAAUUUUGGAAAUAUGAAAAUGAUAAAAGAUUAACAUUAGAAGAGCAAAAGGAAGAGAAACAAAGUUACUAUGUUAGCGCAAGAAACGAAUUUGAUGACGAAGAGGAUUUAAUCAAUUUGCCUGAAGCUGUUAAACCAAACCAAACUUCAGCAAAAUUUCUUGGUGGGGUUCACCAUACGGGAGAGUUUUUUGACUAUGAUUUGUAUAAAAAAGCUUUAAAGAAACAUAAAAAGAAGAUCGAUGAUGAUAACGCUAGUGAUCCAUCACGCAAGUUUUGUGACUUUAAUUUCUAUCAAAAGAUACCCGAUUUUGCGGAAUUUAGAGAAGAUUUUGAUUUUGUUGUCGAACUUUUACAAAACAAUCAUUUUGAUAACCUCGCUAAGAAAAGAAUAUCAUACCUAAAUGAUAAAUUCGAGUUGUUCCAACAUUUGAAAUCGAAAACGGAAAUACUAGAGAAUAAGAAAGUUCCUUAUAGAGAUUUCUACAAUUCCCGUAAAGUGGAUUGCAAUUUCUUACUAAGUGGAUGUAUUACCCAAAGGCAGUUGAGUGAGUUCAUAUGGGAAAAACUUAACAAGGAACCUGAAAGAAUUGUAUACAAGUUUUCAACAGGAGAAACCAUUAAAUUAUCCGAGCUAUUUGAAAUCGGCUGUACCAGUGCCGAACCUAUUGCUCUAGGUUUAAAAAUUGUAGAUGAUGAUUUCUUGGAAUGGUAUGAGACUGUCUACUUACAACAAUUUCAUUUAAUUCCAUCAAGGGAAGCUGAUGUACAACUUGAAGGAAAGGAAUUGCGUUUCUUCUUAUUGGCCAAAACUUUUCUUGAGUUUGACAACAUAUUAGAAGGAGAAUACUUUGCCGAAGUAUUCAUAAAAUACACAGUACAUACUUGGGAAAAAUCCAAGUAUCAACUUGGACAAGUUUCUGUCGAUUUCCAGUUUUAUGAUUCUCAGGAAGAUAACUGGUGGUACAAAUUCUCAAAUUGGAUCAAGAGAUGGAAUUUAAUAUCAUAUAAUAUAAGGUGGAAUGUUCAAAUUUCGAGAGUUUACUCAAAGCUGUUCAAACUGGGUAGAGUGACUUGCUUUAAUGACAUGUUAGACAUGAUAUUUAAACCUAUUUUUGAUCACACUAACAACUCUGACAAUAAUCCGGAUUUCCAUUACUUUAUUACAAAUAUUUGUUCCCUCGAUUUAGUAAUAAGCGAAAAUGAUGAUUACCUCUGGAAAGAGUUUUCAGACAUUAACCAAACACCUGCUGAAUGGGUAGCCCAAGGUGACAACCCCCCAGUUGCUUAUUACAUGUACUAUAUCUAUCAACGAUUAGGUCACUUCAAUUAUAUGAUGAAUAGAAGGAGCGAGCCAUGUAUUACUUUAAGAUGUUACUGCUCUGAUUUAGAUAACCGAUCGUCCCAAUUUACCGACAGAUAUAUUACAGAUCAAACAGAAUCAUUAAUAUGUAAUCUAUUAUUAUGCAAUGGAGGAUUAAUGAAUGCUGAAUAUAUCUGGAGUGCACCAGCCUUACUAACAUAUUUGUUUUACCUGCUGCAGGUUCCAGUUAUAAUUGCCCCAUUAUCAUCCGUUACAAUGCCUUCGAUGCAAUUAGAAAGGCAAGGUAGAAAAUACAAAUCAGAUUUAAGUUCUUUAACUGGUUUUUGUCAGGGUGAAAUAACAAAGAGGGAUAUUACUGUCAGUGAUGAUCACUCGUAUGGAUCCAAUCCAUUUAUGAGAAUGUUCAAGCUAGGAAUGAAAACCUCUUUGUCAUCUAAUUCAGUUUUGUUUAAUUCCUCAUACACAAUGGAGCCAAUGAUAGAAGAAUAUAGUGUAGCCGCCAGUAUCUAUCUUCUCAAUGCUGCUGAUCUAUGUGAGCUAGCCAGAAACAGUGUCAUUGCUUGUGGUUAUGAAGGCUGGUAUAAGGCUCAUUGGUCUGGUAUUAGUGUUAGGCCAGAUAAGUAUUUCAAAGAAAAUGUUGGUGGUGUUGAUGUAUGGUACGAUACUGCUGAAGACACUUCAAUCAAACACAAUGUCCCUAUGAUUCGCCGACAAUAUAGAAGAGAUACGUUGGAUCAAGAGUGGGACUUUUUGGAAGAACUUUUUAAUUAG